AUGUCUCAAACUCCUGAACAAGAAGAACUGGCUAUACCCGAAACCCCAGCCUGGGUCCUGUUCCCAGCUACAGCUCGCAAGGCCGAACUAUAUAAAUAUUUAUUUCAAACAUGUGUACUCCCCAGCCAGGAGUUGUCCGACAACUAUACCGAGAUCAAGGGUUUGAUGUCAUCUCUCCUGGCCUCUAAAAAUACGAUCAGCGUUAGGCUGGUCAAAUUGGAAUCCCCUCAGACAUCGUCAGUCAUCUCACCCAUACUGAACCCCACUCUGGCUCCCCCCCACGGUAAUGACACCUCAAUAAACCCAAUACCAAGCAUUUCCAUUCACAUCAUCAGACUUGGCCACUUC